UGGAACGCUGCAAUGCGCGCUCCCGCUCGGCCGCGAGCAUUCCACUCCACUGAGAAGAACCUAGCCUCUCUAGGAAAAGGAAAAAAGCAAUCCCCCACUACUAAAACUCGCCUCUCUUUCAACCCGGAAGAGGAAGCGGCGUUUGGUGCCUUUUGACACCGGGAGUGGGGGGAGGCAGAGGUAACAGUGAAAGGGGAGGAGGCGGGGCAAGAGAGAGAGAGAGAGAGAAAGAAAGAAAGAAGCCCGAUGGAGGCUGCCAAGAAACAUGAAAGCAGAUACAAGUCCUACUCCAAAAACAACUUCUAACAUGAGAUACAGUGGAGUUUGCUUUUCGUGUGGAUGCAAAGGCUGACAAGAAAGAUGUUUGAACGGAAUAAACAAGCUGAUGGAGCCUCUGCUGCUUCAGCACAAGGUAUAGAAAGAAAAGGUAAUGAAGACUCUUUACGGCAGGAAAGCAAUAGUGGUUUAAGCAUACAAGGACCAGAGCUGGCAAGGCCUGGGUUACCAGUUAUGCAGAACAGGCAGGGCUAUUGCAACUGCUGCCAUGUGCACUACAGUAAUCUUGAACAGCAUGUCUCCAGUUCCCAGCACAGACAUUUUGCCACUUACUGUAGGAAUCGUAUGGGUACAACUAGCUUGAUGGAGCGUUUCCUGCAAGAUGUUUUGCAGCAUCAUCCCUACAGUUACGACGACAACAGACCGACUUAUGAUGACAUGCCAUUCACCAGCUCCCAGCUUCCUGGAGAUGAGGCUCUUCUUUCAUUAGAUGUAAUGGAAAAAGAGAGAACUGCAAGCAGAGAGGAAGAGCCAAACAGUGACAGUGGAUUCACUGCUGAGUCAGGCUGCCUUGUUACUCAGAGAUCACAGGAAGAACUGAGGAAGGCUUCUAUGGCAGUCACACCUCUAAAGAAGCUGGAAGGAGGACAAGAACACAGUCUAGGAAAUUCAGAAAAGCCUUUGGCGAUCCCUUGCAGUACAAAAGACAUUGUUCCAGUGGAAGGUGCUCUGUCCGAAAGUAGUAAUCAUAAAGUCUCAUUUACAUCUGUGAACCUCUUAACUGAUCCAGUAUCCGUUAACCACUCUCCAUCCACUCCACAUAGACUUUCAAAAAAUAUUCAGUAUCCAGUAGUACCAGAAUCUGUUUCCAGUAACAGAUGUGAACAGAGUAACCAUGACAUAUGCAAUGAAGAGGGAGUAUUCAAUCCAAGUUUGAAUGUUGUUUUAAAGUCAACACAGUCAAAAACUGUUCCACUUUCACAAGAGAGUCCUGUCUGUAAUCAAGGCAACUCUUUAAUCUCAGGUCAGCUUUUUUUGAAACAAGAUGACUUGCAACCUCAGGAUGAAACUCAGAUUUCUGACGUCAGUCUCAGGAACACCAGCAAUCCUGUGGGUACCAGUAGUUCCCCGGCUUUUCAAGCAGAUUCCCAAGUGUCAGGAAAUAAAGAAAGUAAGUUGGAUGGAAAUGCUGAAAUUGUAGGUGAAACAUCUGAAGAAAUCCUUCUGAAAUGUUGUGAUAAAACUGCCCCCAGCGAGUUGCCUUCCAGAGAUGAUGAUACUAAUUCCUGUGUAAAUAUUCUGACACUUCUUGAUCACAAUAGUGCACAUGGUUCAGACAUAAGUUUUGAUUGUGAUGCAGCUGUUCCAGCUGUUCAAUCAGGAACAGUCCUGCCCAAAGCAACAGUUAAAAGUUUAGAACUCCUCAAAGAGGUUCAAGUAAAUCUCCAAGAUGAGAACUAUGGUACCCAGCUCAGUUCCAUUCUUAAGAGUGGCUCACUGCAGCAGGAAACAGAAGCAGUCAAAGAUGUGUCGGCUCAGAAGAAUGAACCAGUCCUUCCAGCUCUACCCCAUGUGCCUCCUUCCUUUGUAGGAAAGACGUGGUCCCAGAUCAUGUAUGAAGAUGAUAUGAAAAUUGAAGCCCUAGUGCGGGAUUUCAGGGAAGGUCGCUUCCGCUGUCACUUUGAUUCUGAGUCCUUGGCUAAUUGUGCAAAGAGGAGGGCUAGAAAGAAAAAGCAGGAGGAAGGAGGAAUCAGUGCAGAUGCAGCUAACGAAACAGAGGCUGUGUCAGCAAAAGGGCUUCCAGAAUUUACUGAUGUGUUAAGUGUUGCCUCUGACUUCAGCAACCCAUCUGUAAUCUCAGAAACACAACCUGUUCCAGAAACAUCAAAGAGACCUAAAAAAAGGACGUGGCGUCUUGCUUCAAGAUGCCAAGUAGUCAAGGUUAGCCAUGGCACACAAACCAGCUUAGUUCACUAUCCAAUAGUAAAACAAAAAAUAAUUAGAAAGGACUGUGAUCCACCAGAUCAGAAAGGGAGCCCUGUAUGGUCUGAGAAUGAGAAGACACCUACCAUGAAAACGAGGCUGUGUGCCCUCAAACUUCCUGAAUCUUAUACCAAAAUUAUGAGCCCUGUACAGCCCCAAACAGUGGUCUAUGUUCUUUCUUGUCCAGAGAUUAAACAGUUUAGAAGCAAAGUUGAUGACAUUCCCAAAGUGAGAAGAAACCAGCACUGCACUGAUAGUAAAGACUCUGUAAGGUACAAAUACAAACAAAAUUCUAUUAGGUAUUAUGACCCAUUGACGAAUCGAGUUUUAAAAACUCCUCCCAAAAACAUGGCUGGGGAAAAGUCAAGGAAUCCUCCACACAUUCGGCAGCUUUUUAAAAGUCUCAGUGUUGAUGCAAACCAGAAGAAACAAGCUGAUUCAGAGUUUGAAUGCAUAAUGCCAAAGUCCUUCAAUUCAACAGAUUUCCACGGUUCAUCGGCAUCUUUCCUGCUCCACACAGUUAAAGAGAAUGAUAUGAAUUCAAGUCAUAAGACAGAUGGAUCUUCGGUUUCUACAGAGAGUUCUGAAUGCCUGGUAUGUAACAAUUCAGAGAAAUCGUAUAAAAAUGUAGUCCUCUCACCUUUGAACUCUCACCAAUCACAGCAGGAAGGUGACUUUCGAUUAACUCCUUUGAGGUCACGCAUGGCUGACGGUUUGGAAAGGGAUAAUCCAAAGAAAAAGUGGCGGAGGAAAAAAGGCAGUAGUCGAGAACCAGGGAUUUCCAAAAAAGCUUCAGGGUCAGCUUUUGUCAGAUGUAGUCCUAUUAGGAGAGGCAGUAAGAAACGUUCACCCAAGACUACAGCCCAGCAAAAGAGGGGGAGGAUCAGGAUUUCUUCUUGUACCUCAAAAUCCUCUGCCUCAUCCACAUGCAGGUAUCAAAGAAAGAAAAAUAGUGUAGGAAAGCACCUUAAGAAAGAAAAAUUGGAUGCUAAAAAACUAAAGGUGACAAGGAAGUCCAAGAGGACAUUUUUGAAUCCUGCCACCAUCAUGGGCAUUCCUGAAAAAAAGAGAGGCACUGCAAGGUCUUCUUCCAAAGUAAAGAAAUGGGAGGUACCACCUCCAAGUCCCAGGUUCAACCACCUGAAUCUCGGUGUCUGAGCCUCAGAAGAUCUGGUGACCCAAAGUUAGACUGCAGCUUCUCAUGCUCUGCCAGAGGCACUUCUGGAGGGUCUUCUUACUGAAUGGAGGAGUUUGCAGGGGACAUGGGGAGGUCUUGAAUGAAAGGAGGAUCUCAGGAGUUUUGGUGUGCUUUCAGAAUGUCUCCUUCAUAUUCUGGCCAUACAUUUUACAUGACUACUUUUCUUAAAAGGACUGUAAAGCCGCCAAAAACAUGUAUAUAAUAAAACUAUUUUAUCAAAGCGGGAUGAAAAUUAUGUGUUAAAUCUCAGGACUAAGGUUUUAAAAGGAAUCCUUGAGAUGUUAAUGUAAACCAUUUGUUUUGAAACACCUCACACCCGAAACCAUUGCCAUUGGUUUCAAGGCUCACCUUCACUGAAAUGGCUUGCCAGAUUAUGUUGUGUUGACAGUAAAUGCUUCUUUACAUUAUAUGUAGCUUAAUUUGGGGGGGGGGGAGUAUAUGGUGGCAGAUACCUAUCUGUACACAGAUCCUGUAGUGGGCUAUCAAAGUUUAUAUUUGCCUGUCCCAUCAAGGGGUAUGCAAGUAAAAUAAAGUAUCACAAAUCAUAGAAUUAAAUUUCAAAAAUAAAUGUUAUAAAUGGUAGAGCCGGGACGGCGAAAUUCUGGUGUUAGCAUAAUGUUUCCUUACUUAAGAGUCGACUCAGAUUUCCUCCCUGAACAGAAUAUGCCUAAAUCCAUUUAUUGGUCUCAACCAGAGUACGAGGGUAUAGUGAAAAAUUCUCACCCAGUCUAAGAAGGGAAUGACCUAGAACCAUGAACCUUACAUGCUAUUCUACAUAUUCAUCCCAAAGUUUGAUGCAUUUGGCAUGUCAUUUCUCAAGUUUCUUUAACCCUUAAAAAAGAUGUUUGGUUAUUCAAAUAUUGCUCUGCCGCUAUCACCUCUGAAUAAUUUGAAAACUUAAUUUCUUUCAAACUCUUUAAUGUAUGGAAACAUGACAUCAUCAGAUGGAGUGAGAUCUGGUAAGUAGAAUGGAUUGUGAAUGCAUUCAAAGCCCAGAUUCUUCAAAAGGUCCAUCAUCUUGCCAGCUCUGUGAGCAAGUGCCUUGUCUUGUAAAAAGAUGACACCUUUCUGCAGCUUCCCUCACUGUUUUUCCUUCAGCACCUCUUUUAAUCAUCACAGCAAAUCAGAGUGGUAUUCUGCAUUAACUGGCAGAUACUUUCUGAAGAUACUCAUCAAAAUAUCUUCCUUACACCCCAGAACUCCAGCUACGUCUUUUCCUGCUGACCUUUCAGUCUUGAAUUUCUUCAGCCAUGGAGAAAUCUGAGUGCUGCCACUACAAGAACUGCUGUUUGGCCUCUGGAUCAUAGUAAUGUAACCAUGCUUCAUCAACAAUGAUGAGUUUUUUCUCCCAACUAGAUCACACAAAAUACUCCAAAAUCAACUUGGAGGGGUCUUCUGAAUUCCAUUUCUGGUCAGCAUUCAAACAUUUUGGCUUCUGCAUGGUCAACCGUUCAUGAGUUAUAAACCCAUUGCAUUCUUGGGGUAUAUCUAGUGUCUCAGUGACUGUUUUAGCGGAUUGUGCAAAAAUCGGGCCAUAAACGCUCAGCAAUUUCAGGUGCUGACAUUGCUGAAGGCCUCCCAGACCUUGCUGCAUCUUUGAUCUCAAAAUUGCCAUGAUGAAAGUUGGCACAACGCAUCUUCAUGGUUGAGUAUGAUGGGCGCUUGCAUCAUACACUGGUAGAUUUUGUUUGGGGCUGUCUUCUGUAGAAACGGAAACUUCAUGAUGGUCUGGAGUUCAGCACUUGAAAAUUCCACUGUUUUUGAUGACUGGUUCUAUAUCAAUGAUCUGAAAAAAACCAGAAAUUAGAACUACAAUCCUUCAAAUUGGCAGUUUACAGUUCUAAAGUCUCAAACUACAGAAUUAUGCUCAAAUUUUGGAAAGUGGGUUGAGCCAAGAAUUUUUCAGCACCCCUUGUAAAUCCACUGGAUCAGGCGGAAUUUGCUGAGUCAAAACAUACGUCGUUGUGUGCCUUCAAAUCAUUUCUGACUUACUGCGACGUAUAGGUGAACCUAUCAUGGGCUUUUCUUGGAAUGUUUCUUCAGAUGGGGUUGCCAUUGCCAUCCUCUAAGGCUGAGAGAGUGUGACUUGUCACAGUCAUCCAAUGGUGUUUCAUAGGAGAGUGAGGAUUUGAACCCUAGUCCCCCAAUGUUGUAGUCCAACACUCAAAACAUUACACUGCUGGUUCCCCAUAUGCAAGUUCAAUUAAUUCAGUGGAUAUACUCUAAUCAGUAUGGGAUUUUGGCCAUAAUUCCUAUAGAUUUGGAUACUUCCCCAUCCACAAUUUUGUUAAAUAAGCACAAGAACCUGCUCCCUCAACCACCUGCAAAUAGAGUUCCUUUUUUCCCUCCCUUAAGAUAAUAAUAAUAAUAAAGCUUAUUUCUAUCCUGCUUUUCCAAUUUGAUCAAAGCGGCGUCCUGUUCUAAUCUUUCUUAACUUUAUUAUUUUUAACUCUUCAGUCCUCAGCCUGAUUUGCUCCUGGGUUUCUUCUAAGCAUAAUGGUAUCUGUUGUAUAAUACUGCUACCUAAGGCCACAUGUUCUUGGAGCUGCAAAGUACACUCAUAGCAGGUUUACUCUUUCUAUUUUGUGAGUGCUCAUAUGAAAAUAAAAGACCAUGCCCACCUGUGAGGUAACCAAAUUGUCACUGGAUAAUGUAUGCUUAAAUGGAUAGAUAGCCCCUGUGUUAAACAGAAGUGGGAGCCUGAAUUAUUCCACCUUUUAUGAAAAGGAACCAAGCCAUCUGAGCUCAAGCACACGAUUCAGAGUUGUUGCCACACUGAACCAUUUCAAUGCUAUGCCAAAGUAAAGAAAUCAUUUUGAGUAUAAAUUGAAAUGAAUGCAAUUGCUUGGGAUUUCAAUUUCACUUAAUUUGAUGGGAAUUGUGACUAAAUGUGUUUUGGUGUGCAAGUUCCUGUUGAUAAAGCUACUUACUUGAUUCUAGUUGCCCAUAUUUUAACAUGUGCUGAAUGGUGUCCACCUAAACUUUCCAGAGAUUGGCCUAUGACGUUACUGACUGCAGUCAUUGACUGCAGUCAGAGUACAAAGGUAAAAAUGCAUCAUAACUCACAAGAUUAAAAUCUCUGAUCCGGCAACCCUCUCCAUCGAAACAGAUCUUUGGAAUAAUUCCAGGUUCAGCCUCAGGGAAACUGACAAGAGAAUCUCAAACUGGUGUCAUGGAUCAUUUGAAAGUAACAAGUCAUCCGUGUGACUGAUGGGAUGGUGGCUGCAAGAACAUUUAAAUCUGGGUCUAAAAUUACCUAGCUGCACCACAGAUUGGCCUUAGUUAUUUACAAAUUUUAUUGAGAAAAAUAAAAUUAUGGAACACUUUCCGAUCUGAUUUAUCUUCCUUUUUCUGUGUUAACUGUAAUUGGACGUGUGAUGGUACGAUUAUUCUACCACAUCAUGACAACUAAUAAAUGAGUCUGUACAGACAGGCCAAAAUAAAGCUGCUUCGGGUCACUUUGGCGGUAUAUUGUUUAAAUGAUGCAUACGUCCUAAGAGUCUGAAAGCUGCACCAAACCCACGGUCCAUUCCUAAGGAAUGGAGCAUAGCUUUGACACAGUUUCUGGCCUCUAAGAUGUGUGUGUCAUUUAAACAGUAUACCUCCAAAGUGACCCAAAGCAGCUUGUACGGGCCCAAAUAGUAUCAUCUACAUGAUCUGUGGUUCCAAACCCCAAUAGAAGAUUUUAAUAACUGAAUGUUGAUUGGUAAAAAUUGACAGGAUUCGUUUCUUUAAAAAAACAAAUACCAAAUUUGUGGUAUAGGUAGAACUUUGCAUUUUACAUGAGAAGUUGAUUUGUUGUCAUGAUGUCUUAAAAUCAUCUUUAGUUUGCACUGAUAAAUAGUUUGUUUCUCCCUGACUUGUAAUAGUUUACAGUUAUUAAUUUGUUCAUUCUUUUCAUGUCUGGAAAAAAUACAUUUUCUUUGAAUAAAAAAAUUGAAAUGGGAA